AUGCGGCUCGCCAGGGUCAGUCUGCCGAAACUCCAUCUCGCCAGCUACGAGCAGCGCCUGGACUUGUCACUUGAAGGCUCGCUACAGCUGCGGUUUCCAAAUGGGACAAAGCUUCCAAAGUCAAGCAGUGACUUGUUGAAGCUGGCGAAGGAGAAGCGCCUGUGGAUUGCGCGGACUGGUGCUUGUUAUUUACAACUUGAUAUCUCGGUCCAAGGGGAACCAGUGUCGCACCGGGAUCAAGUUGCAAAGCUCGUGGAGUGGGUCAGGGGUUGGCGGAUAGCCUUCUCUAUACAGCAUCCGGACUUGUCAUCCACCUUGGUGACUCAGAAAGAUGCAUUUACGGCGGAGUUUGAGUCUGUGACUUGUCGCGUCAAUUUCACCCCGAUGCAGGACGAGCCAUCCAAGAAGAAGCGAUCGCUGAAGAGGAAGAGGGGCAGCAAAUCUGAUGAAGACAUCGGGACCCGGCAGCUGGACGGUGUCUCAUCUGAUGAUGACUAUGUUGCUUGUUUGAGUCCGGAUGACCAGAGAGCCAUUGACGAGUUUAUACAAAGUCUACACAUGGUGCCUCCCCAAAAGAUAAGGGACACAGUUACGCCAAAGACAGCUCAAAGUGCUCAAGCCAUUGAGUUCUCAGAUCGUUUCAAACGUCAUUUUGAGACUGCGUUGGAGCUUCUUGUAAUCGGAUCAGCCAAGAAGCGCAAAGAGAUUGUCACGAUUGAUUGCAAUCGAGCCGGGUGUUUGACGAAACUGGCGCCGGCAGUCUUUCAUAUGCCGUAUCUGAAGUUCCUCUCAGAACAUUUCUGA